UUGCCAAUAUAUUUUUGUGUUUUAACGUGUCGUAAAUGUUCCCCGGGCGGAAGGCCAGCAUGUCUUUCGUACUCGGCCCCUUUUAUCAAUUUUAACAUUCACACGAAUAUAGAAAAGUGAGGAAAAAUGUCAAUGGAACACUUGUACUGGGACGACGGGCAGGAGAGCGAAGACGGAAGUUUUGUCGAAACGCUAAUCGAAGGGCGUCCAAAAUCCGACCAACGUCCAUACGUGCAAACCGACACCGAGGACUUUUCAGAAACAAUUUCGCCCCCUUUACUCUUCGCAGACACCAACGAGAACAACAACGUGUACGACAGCGAAUUAUUUAAAGAUAAAGAGGUCGUACCGUGGCCGUUGACGCCUCUCACAGCAUGUCACGCUUUGCCAGUCGCUCCACUAGGCUUUAACAACUUCGUAUUGCUCUGUGGAAACUGUGCUUGUUCUUUGGAUGGAAGAAUAGUCAGCCUACCCAGUGCUGAUCAUUUUUCAUGACUGAAAUUUCAUUUUUGGGAAUGUAAGCAGAAUUCUAUUAAAAAUCAUCAAAACCAAGAAAUUAUAUCAUGAUUGUGAUGUGUGUAAAUGUUGUCUCUGUUGAAUGUAAUUAUUUAAUGUUAUGUAUCUAAACUAUUUAUAUUUUUUUAUUAACAAUGAUUGUGAUAUUUUGCAGUUAUGUGUUUCAGAUUUUUUAUCCCGGCAAUUUUUUAUCUUUAACAUAAUAUUUACUGUAAAAUAACAUUUAUUUUACGUAUUGAAAGUGUUUUUUCAAAAUCAUUUUUUAAUUGUCACCAUUUUAAAACCAACAAGUCCCUAUGUAGAUUCAUUUUAUAAUUGUAUUUAUUGCAUGACUGCUAUUAUUAUUUUCAUACUUUUGCAAGUGAAACAUUGAAAUGA